AUGUUGCUGACUGCAUGUCGGUUGUCCAAAGCGCUGCAGCUCACCCUGGCGGUCGUUAAACCAGACGCAGUGGCUAAUCCUGUCAUUCUGGAAGCUCUUCACCAGAGUAUCCUAGACAACAACUUUGCUAUUGUUCGACUUAAAGAUCUGGCGUGGAGACGGCAAGACUCUGAGAGGUUUUAUGCAGAGCAUUCAGGGCGAUUCUUCUACCAAAGACUUGUUGAAUUCAUGUCAAGUGGCCCGAUGCGAGCGUACAUUUUAGCCCGAGAGGACGCCAUUCGCCACUGGAGGGAACUGAUGGGACCGACCAAAGUGUUCCGAGCCCGAUACACCUCCCCCGCCUCGUUACGGGCUCGUUUCGGGCUCACGGAUACGCGCAACACCACUCACGGCUCAGAUUCCGUCCAGUCGGCACAGAGAGAAAUGGCGUUUUUCUUCCCGGAUUUCCAAGUAGAGGAGUGGAUGCAGAGGGAGGAGCCGGCAUUCCGGUUGGGACGGAUAUGUUACGAUUCUGGAAAACACGUCCAUGUACUUGCGAAGCAGAGAUAA